ACAUUUCCGCGAAUCCUAGGCUCUCUCCACGGUUCUUCGAGGAAAGCAAAAUGCGCAUGCGCAACCAGACGUGGCAGCGGCAUCAUGGCUUCUUGGAGCAGAUACGGGAGACGCAGGAGAGAGGUUGAAAUGUAUAUAUUCCUAUGUAUGGUUGUGGUUGUAGCCACACUGCAGGCAGUGAAAGUGUCCCCAUUAAUAGAGCGAGUCAGUGACCAUAAGGACUUCAAAAAAUUGCUCAGGACAAGAACCAACGUCCUUGUUCUGUACACUAAGACAGCUACAUCCGGCGAUGUUCAACUGAAGCUGCUGACUGAUGUAGCCCAAGCUGUGAAAGGCCAAGGGACCAUCGCCUGGGUAAACUGCGGGGAUUCUGAAGGUCGCAAACUCUGUAAGAAAGUGAAAGUGGAUCCGAGUUCAAAGACUGCUGGAUUUGAAAUCCUUCAUUAUAAAGAUGGAACCUUUCACACAGAAUACAACAGACCAGCCACACUUAAGUCUAUGGUGGCAUUCCUGAAAGACCCCACAGGUGCCCCCCUAUGGGAGGAGAACCCUGAAGCUAAAGACAUUGCUCACAUCGAGACAGAGAAAGACUUCAAGAAGCUGUUGAAAAGAGAAGAGAAACCCAUCCUCAUGAUGUUUUAUGCCCCAUGGUGCGGUGUAUGUAAGAGGAUGCAGCCCAUCUUCCAACAAGCUGCCACUGAGACGAAAGGGAAAUAUGUAUUAGCGGGGAUGAACGUCCAUCCAGCGGAGUUUGACGGACUUAAGCAGGAGUAUGACGUCAAAGGCUACCCAACCUUCUGCUACUUUGAGAAGGGAAAGUUCCUGUAUCACUAUGAGAACUAUGGUGCCACAGCCAAGGACAUUGCAGACUGGCUAAAAAGCCCGCAGCCUCCUCAGCCCAAGACCCCUGAGAUACCUUGGGCAGAUUCAGACUCGGCUGUGUUUCAUCUUACUGACGAGUCCUUUGACACUUUUCUGGAAGAACAUCCCUCAGUCCUGGUUAUGUUUUAUGCUCCCUGGUGCGGCCACUGUAAGAAGAUGAAGCCUGACUACGAUGAAGCAGCUGAAAUCCUCAACAAAGAGGCAGAUAGUCCAGGUGUGUUAGCAGCAGUGGACGCCACUAUCCAUAAAUCUGUGGCUGAGCGCUUGAAGAUCUCAGGCUUCCCUACUGUGAAGUACUUUGAGAAGGGCGAGGAGAAGUACACAUUACCGCAGCUACGGACCAAAGACAAAAUCAUCGAAUGGCUGCAGAAUCCACAGGCUCCCCCUCCUCCUGAACAGUCAUGGGAGGAGAAGCCUUCCAGCGUGAGUCACCUCGGGGCCGAAGACUUCAGGGAGGCUCUCAAGAAGAAGAAGCAUGCCCUGGUCAUGUUCUAUGCUCCCUGGUGUCCUCACUGUAAGAAUGCCGUCCCUCACUUCAUUACAGCCGCUGAGACUUUCAAAGAGGACCGCAAGAUUGUGUAUGCUGCUGUGGAUUGCACCAAAGGGCAGAACCAUGAGUUGUGUAAGCAGGAGAGUGUAGAUGGCUAUCCAACCUUCAACUACUACAAUUAUGGCAAAUUCAGUGAAAAAUACAAUGGAGAAAGAGGGGAGGCUGGCUUCACAGGUUUUAUGCGAAGCCUCAGAGGACGGGACCAAGAGAAGGUGGGAAAGCGGAAAGAGGAGCUCUAAGAAUGUGGGUGUGGCUAUAAACAGGGGAGGAGCCUGCCAUUGCACUGUGACUGGGCAGGGACCUUCUAGCACUGAUGCCACACACAUGAAAACCUCAGAUUAAAGAGAGGAUAUUUUUAUACAGCCUUAUGUUUGUAAUACCAAUGUUCAACCACAAGACCACUUGAGACUUGGCUUUUUUUUUUUCUUUCUUUCUUUUUUCUCCAUAGACAUUUUAUGACAAGGACAAUUGCUCCCAAAUACUGUGACAGUUAAUCAAACUACAUCUUAAAUCUAUGCAAUACUGAACACUCAUUCCACAACUCAUUUCCAGUGGCUUCUGUGUGAAACGGUCACUUAAGCUACUUUUACAUAAGUCCCCCAAAGCAAUCCUUGACACUGACAGUCUCCCUAAUAUUUGACAUUCCCACCUUUCUAAAGAGGUCCCACAAUGUAUACAAUUACGUUUGAGAAUUUUUGUACGGAAAAAAGUGGUAUCCUGGAUUAGAAAGACAAUAGAAGAAAAAGGAAAAUGUAGCUAAAUUUGUGGCCUUAAUUGUUUGAAUGUUUUAUUCCAGUGGUGCAGUGCACCCAGGACUGUAACAGAAAAUUAGUGAGGCCAAAAUACAAUGGUGUCUGUAAGAAAUUGUAUGUUUGAGCUAGUACAACUUUGUUCCUUGUAUUGUUGAGUAAUUAUCAGCUGUGGGAAAACAAUUUAAAAAGGAAAAAAAAAAAAAAAGGAAGAUGCCAAAAAUAUAAUUAAACACUGAAGGGUAAACUUAUCCCCAACUUAAGUGAUGUAUUUAACCUUAAUAAUGGUCAUAAUAAUAGAGCGCUAUUAGAGUCAAUUAUGUUAUGCAGUGCAGACCCAAUGUGAAUCCUUGUACUGCAAAGUGAGCUGACAUUCAGAUUUUUAUGAUUAGUGCAGAAACCAUGUAAAGGCUGAGAAUGAGGGCUUAAUCUGUUCAUGUCAGUUGUCUUAUUCACUAAGUCAAGUUGCAUAGAGAUUCAGCUGGUGUAAGGGUGAUUAAUACUGCUUCAUUACUGAAUUGGCCAUUUAGUUCCACAAAAUGAUUGUUGGAUUGAAUGACAGCCUUCACUUCCAUAUUAUUCAAGGCUUAUGAAAUAUUCAAUCUAUUUCUAUUUUUAAAACACAACCUGAGAUUAGAAUUACUGACAAAAAAAAGAAAGAAUUCCUUUCUAAAAUGUGAUUUAAGUGGUGCUUGAGUGCACGCUUUCAUCUAACCAGUGUGGUAGUGAAGGUUUCAAAAGCAAUCUUAUUCAUAAGUCGUACCAGAACCAUUGCAUUGUACCAUAUAACUCUCUGAGGCAACUUUGCUACUGUGUUGGGAACUCCCUGAUCAAGGAAGUUUACCUAUUUAAUGAGCUUAUCUGUAGCUAAACAUCUUUUAUUAUUCAAGAGAUUGAUGCUUUUCAUUCUGAAUAAAGUUCUCAGGGAUAGCAAAACACACUUUAGCUGGGUACUCAGAGUUUGUGUUACUGAAUUCUGAAAUUGUUUACAUUUGUCUGUGGGGGAUUGGCAAUGACGGGAUUCGGUUCGUGACGUUUUGGCAAAUUAUGGCAGAAAGUAUUAACUCCAUCGAGUCAAGGAAAGCGCAGAAAUAUUCAGAUGUGCUACAUUUAUAUCACUCAGCCAGUCAGUCUUACUGCAUCUGUAGCCAAGUGAAAGAUAAAAACUGCUUGUUUCAAAAUAGCAUAGUUCUAAAUACUUCAACAGGAGGGGAACCAUCAAAAGAUUGCUUACAGUAACUCUCAUACUACGGAAUAUCAGCUGGUGUAUCUGUUUUCUGUCAUUGUUGUGCUCCAGAAAUUUCUGUAUCUGUGUCUAUUGGGAAAUCCUGCUUUAUCAUAUCCCAAAGGUCUCUGUGUCACAUUGAUGCCAAGAAGUCACUUUCAUCUGUCUGAUUUAUGCACCCAGCCAUAUGUACAGUUUUGGCCCAGUGAAUACACACAAUGGAAAAUAAAAAGGCAUACAUUUCCAA